AUGUUGAUCAAUAAACCACCGGAUACUGGUUCUCAACUUUCUCGCCACCCACUGCAUCAAGAUCAACAAUACUUCCCAUUUGGCCCAUCUGAUGCCAUUGUUUGUGCAUGGACUGCUAUAGAAACUGUGAACCGAGCAAAUGGAUGCCUCGUCGUUGUGCCUGGCACUCACAAAGGACCCGUUCAUCCACAUGAAUAUCCGAAAUGGGAGGGAGGAGUCAAUCCACUCUAUCACGGAAUCCAGGACUUUGAUCCAAAUAUGCCAAGACUUCAUUUGGAAAUGCAAGCUGGCGACACUGUAUUCUUUCAUCCGAUUCUAAUUCACGGAUCUGGAACGAAUAGAACCACAGGUUUCCGAAAGGCGAUCUCCUGCCAUUUCGCCAAUGAUGAUGUUUGUCGCUAUCAGCCAAUCACUCAGAUCAGAUUUAUC